GGCCGGACGCCAUCUUGCUGGUUUGCGGCCGGUCUUGGAUGUGGCGGCAGCAGUGGUGAGGGCGUGGGGAAGGGUGGGGUGAGGGGGCGAGGCCGCGGCGCGGGCGGCGAAACUCUCCUCCCCUCAGCCCCACCGCGUGGGACGGCGUGAACGCGGUGUCGGAGGGAUGUCAGCCUUCUCUGAGGCGGCGCUGGAGAAGAAGCUGUCGGAGUUGAGCAACUCGCAGCAGAGCGUGCAGACCUUGUCCCUGUGGCUCAUCCACCACCGCAAGCACUCCCGGCCCAUCGUCACCGUGUGGGAGCGGGAGCUGCGUAAAGCCAAACCAAACAGGAAGCUUACUUUUCUCUACCUAGCCAAUGAUGUCAUUCAGAACAGCAAAAGGAAGGGGCCGGAGUUUACAAAAGAUUUUGCGCCAGUUAUAGUGGAGGCUUUUAAACAUGUUUCAAGUGAAACUGAUGAAAGUUGUAAGAAGCACCUUGGAAGGGUAUUAUCUAUUUGGGAAGAAAGGUCUGUUUAUGAGAAUGAUGUGUUAGAACAACUUAAGCAAGCUCUGUAUGGCGAUAAGAAGCCUAGGAAGCGAACUUAUGAACAGAUAAAGGUGGAUGAAAAUGAAAACUGUUCCUCUCUGGGAUCUCCAAGUGAACCACCACAGACUCUAGAUCUUGUUAGAGCAUUACAAGAUCUAGAGAAUGCAGCUUCAGGUGAUGCAGCAGUUCAUCAGAGGAUAGCGUCUUUGCCUGUUGAAGUCCAAGAAGUAUCUCUACUAGAUAAAAUAACAGAUAAAGAAUCUGGAGAAAGGCUUUCUAAAAUGGUAGAGGAUGCUUGUAUGUUGCUGGCAGAUUACAAUGGCAGAUUGGCGGCUGAAAUAGAUGAUAGGAAGCAACUCACUCGAAUGUUAGCAGAUUUUCUUCGUUGUCAAAAGGAAGCCCUUGCAGAGAAAGAGCAUAAAUUGGAAGUAUUGGACAUGGGCGUAUCUUCUAACGAUGUCAUCAUCAUUAGCAUAUUCUUCCUGCUAAAAAUAAAUAUCAAACUCCAAAGCCUGUAUCGUCUCAUGUUUUUGAAGAUUCAAGACUGAAACUUUGUUUUUCUACUGUAUGCUUUUUCACUUAAGUUGGUUAUUUAUUAUUGGUUACAAAAAUAGAAUUUAUGUUUGAAAUGUAAGUGUAGGAAUAGAUCAGAUGUCACCCUCCAGUUACCUCUUUUCCCAGUUCCUUUAAGCUAGAUUGUGUAGUUGAUAGUUCUGGUGAUGAGGUUGAUGAUAAUAAUAACAGUAACAUUUACCAUGUGUCAGGUGCUAUUGUAAGCAUGUCAUAUCUGUCAGCUCAUGUAAUCCUACAUAGCAGGAAGGUUUAUCCCCACUUUACAGGUAAAGAAACUGAGGCACAGUGAAAUUACAUAACUUGCCCAAGGUCACAAAGAGAUUGUAAAUUGUUAAGAACCCAGGGACUCCGCCUCCAAAAGACACAUUUGCUUCCAGGUUUUACUUAAAGAAAUGUAAGAUCAAAGCAAAAACUGAAACCCUAUCCAGUUCUUUCUGCUUCCUCUCUCUCCAGAGGAAUCUACUCUUCAGAGAAAUCACUGUCUUAAAGUAUUCUAGGAACGUUUUUGUUUUUCAGUGUGGAUAUUAUCAUAGUAAAAAGAGACGACCUAAAUUAUGCUAAACAUUUUUUUACAAGUAAAAAAGAAUUUAGAUCUCUAAUAAAUCAGGAAGUCAUUCCACAGAACUCUGUAAAUUAUCAUUUAUAACUGAUUUCUUUCUCAGAAGAUUAUGGAAAUGAUUUUAGAUAUUUAGACAUUUUUUGUGUCAAGUAGGUGGCAUCACUUUGAAGUUGAGACAGAGAGGUCAAGAUUUAUGCUUUCCAUGUAAGCUGUGAUGUCAUCAAACAGUUUUCAGUUAUCUGCAUCUUUGAGCAUCACCUGUCAUUGACCAGGUAUUGAUGACUCAUUGGUUUUUCGUUUUUUGGUGUUUUUUUUUUUCUUUAAAUGGAACAAAAAUUUAAAGUAUCAGUUCAGGGAUUGUCUAUUUCAUGUUUUUUAAGGAGGUUGCUGUUAAAGCAUUUGUAAUGAAUGAAAAGAUGAAGUGUUUUUAAAAAUUUUGGGUAUUAUGAAUCAUUUUUGGAACUUUAGCUGGUUAUUAAGCAGAUUACUGUCUAAAUGGACUAUUAAUCUAAUUUGUAUUUAUAAAAUACAUGUCAUAGAUUAUUGUAGAAAUCAUAUUUCACCAUUUAGAAGUUAAAAUUAUUGCAUUAACUUUUGUUCACCUAGCUUAUUUUGGAAAGCAUUCAUGGAUAGGAAACGUAAAGUGACAUUUUGAUUUUGAUACUGUUGGAGAGGGAAAAAUACAGAGAUCAGAAAUUCUUUCACAUUCAGUAAGGUAAUGUCUUUGAUGCUCAAUUUUGGAUUCUUUUUCAUGAUACAGUCAGUAUAAAAAAACAUGCUUUUAUCAAAUCCCUAUCAUGUCAUUGUACACUGACAGUGUGCUAGGAUUCCAUAGAAAAUUGUCUAGUUUAUGGAGUAGUUUUACAUAGAAAAUUGGAAAUCACAAUUCGAUUGAUGGCUCUUAAAUUAUAGUUCUAAGGUUUGGAAGUCAGGAUGGGCUUCAUAGAGGACUGUGUUUAUCUUUUGCAGUCUUACAUCAGUAUAUUCUUAUUUAGCUCAUUUUUAAAAAUGAGGCAUAAUAUUAGUUGUAUGAAUGUUGUUUAUUUAAGUCUGUCCCUCUUCUCAUGGUGUUAGAUUGCAGCCACUGAGUUGCUUUUAUUAGUUUUGUGCAUUAUAUAUAGUGCUGCAGAGAACAUCCCAUCCUGGUGAUCAGGCCUGUAUAGUUGUGCAAGUUUAUCUGUGGGAUUGAUUCUUAGAAGCAGAAUAAAAUAAUCUGGGUCCAAGGGAAUGUAUGUUUAAGUGUUGACAGUAUACUCAAGCCCACCAAAGCGUUCUGCCGUUUUAAUUUUUUAAAUUUUUUUGUGCUGCAUCUAUUUAUGUAUGUAUGUAUGUAUGUGUGAAUAUAGUUGAUGCAGUGUUAUAUUAGUUUCAGGUGUAAAGGCUCUGCCUUUUUUUUUUUUUUUUUUAAUGUUUAUUUCUGAGAGAAAGACAAGAGUGUGAGCGGGGGAGGGAGAGAGAGAGAGGGAGACACAGAAUCUGGAGCAGGCUCCAGGCUCUGAGCUGAAGUCGGACACUUAACCAGCUGAGUUAUCCAGGUGCCCCAGGUUCUGCCUUUUUAAACUCCGUAUCGUAGGAGUACAUCUUUUCCUGUGUAACCUAGCACUUACUAUCGGUGAUCUUUUAAAUUUUUGCAUAUCUGAUACUUCAAAAAUUAUUUUUUUGUUCACUCAGAUUGGUCAUCUUUUAAAAAUAUUUCUUGCCCAGCGCCUGGGUGGUUCAGUUGCUUGAGCAUCUGACUCUUGAUUUCAGGGUCAUGAGUUUGGGUCCUGUGAUGGGCAUGAAGCAGUGUCAGGCAUGAAGCCUACUUAAAAAAAAAAAAAAAAAAAUCUAGCCAUUUUUUUCCGUUUCAAAUUUCCUAUAUCCUUUAACUACUUUUCUCUUUGGUUCUAAGUCUGUAUGUUAAUAUUUGUCUUUGUUUUUGUAGAUUUUGGGCUUUCUGGAUAUAGUUAAGGUGGUCUUCUCAAUUCAUUACUGUAAAAAUACUUUGCUAUUUUUCUUUGUUUUUUCCCCUAAUAUUUUUAUCCAUUAGGAUUUUUUGUUUGUUUAUGAUGUGACAUAGAGAUCUAAUUGAAAGUGAUAGUGAAUGUCCCUUGUCAUGUAUUAAUGAUUAAUCAAUGACUCUGUCUCUUAUUAUGUUGUGAAGUGCCAUUUCUGUUAUACUUAAUUCGAGUGUGUGUCUGUGUGUGUGUGUGUGUACACAUGGGAAUGUAGUUAGUCCCUUUUCUAUUCUAUUGGCCAAUUUGUCUUACCCACCUUUACUUACGCAGAUUUUUGUUUGUAUUAUUUUUGGUAUUGUUUGUAUCUACAAUUUAAAUAAUGAUUAUUGUAUACAUGAAUUUUUACUUUCUUCCCACUUUAUACAUAUUUAAUAGCUUUCAUACUUGAUAUUUCUCAUGCCAUUUUGCUAAGUAGAUGUUUCUUAAUUUACUUGGCCUUUUACCUGUUUCUGAAUGUACUGUUUACUCUUGUUAUCCUUCCCCUCUAUCUGCUAGAUGGUAUUUUCCUGGAUUUUCAAAAGUAUUUAAUUUCAUAAAACUUUAUUUUCUCGGGCACCUGGGUGGCUCAGUUGAUCAAUUGUCCAACUCUUGAUUUUAGCUUAGGUCGUGAUCUCAAGGUUUGUGGGAUUGAGCCCCCCGAUGCUUAACCUAAUUUUCAUUUUUUAAAUGCUUAAGAAAAAUUUUGUUUUACCUGAGGCAUGUGUUAUUUGUUUUUUAUUUAUUUAUUGUGAGAGACAGCAACAGCGCAAGUGAGUGGAAGGGCUGAGAGAGGGAGAAUCCCAAGAGGACUCUGCGUUGUCAGCACAGAGCCCAGUGUGGGGCUCAGACUCAUGUGAGAUCGUGAGCUGAGCCAAAAUCAAGAGUUGGACACUUAACCAAUUGAGCCACCCAGCUGCCCUUUCCCUAAGAUAUUUAAUGAUUAGAAAUUUCUAAUAUUAACUCUUUUACUAUAGGAAAUAAUGUUUUAAAUAGUACUGAAAAUUUUAAAUUAAAAUUUUAUUGCUGGAGGUGUUUACCUGCAUGUAGCAGCUUGAGCUGCUGGUUGUAACAGUCCAAAGGAUGGAGAGGAAUGGUGGCAGUGGCAGUAUUUGACAGCCUGAUUGAAGUUGCUGAGUGGAUUACAAUGGGGACAAAUUUCAAUAGGGAAACAGAGCUUAAUUAGAAAGUUUUAUAUUGUGGAUAAUGUAGGCCUGAACCUUACUUGGUGAUAGCACUGAGAAAAUAAAGGAGUGGGCGGGAUGGGAACAAUUGAAUCAUAAUUUAAUUGGGUCUGAGCAUAGAGAGUAGAAGGAAUCAGUGAUAAAUGAAAUUUUGGAAACCAUGGGGCAAAUGAAACUGGCAUUGACUAAAAGGAUACUAAAAUAAGGGACUAGUUUUGCUGAGGAGGAUGAUUUGGUUUUAGGCAGGUCAAAUUUUUUUAACUUUUUCACUUUCAUUUUUGUGCAGUGAGGUAUAUUAUUUUUAUUUUUUUCCCAGCUUUAUUGAGAUAACUGGCAUAUGAGUGAAUUAAAGGGUUUUUUUUUUUUUGGCUUUCUUAAAAAAUUGAAAUAUAGUUGACACCAGAGUUUUUCUAGUUGUAAAAGUAGUACAUGUUCCUCGUAGUUUAGAAACCAUUCAUAAGCACACACAGAUGCCACCUAAAAUCUCAUUACCUCCUAAAGAACCAUUGAUAAGAUUUGAGAGAUGGAAUCCCAUUGUAUGCUAUUUUAUGUAGUCUUUUUUACACAUUUACAGUAAAUAUUUUCUCAUGAUUAUAUUCUCAUUAUCUAAAAUGAAGUAUUUCCUUAACCAGCUAUUUAUUGUUUAGCGUUUGUUUUUUCCAGUUUCUUGUUAUUAGAAAAACAUGGUUUUGAAUCGCACUUUAGGUAAAUCCUUGCUUAUUUUUGAUAAUUUUUUUUUUUUUUAAUGUUUGUUUAUUUUUGAGAGACAGAGCACGGCUUGGGGAGGGGCAGAGAGAGAGGGAGAUACAGAAUCUAAGCAGGCUCCAGGCUCUGAGCUGUCAGCACAGAGCCCGACGUGGGACUUGAACCCACGAACCGUGAGAUCAUGACCUGAGCCGAAGUCGGAUGCUUAACCGACUGAGCUACCCAGACACUGAUAAUUUUUUCAUAAAGUCCUAGAUGUAGGGGGAAAAAAUGAAAGCAGUGAGGCAAAGGUAAUUUUAAUGCUCAGUCUUCUAGAAUUUAAGAAAACAAAAUGAUAUUCUGUCUGGUGACAAAGGGAGGUGGAAGUGGAGACGUCUCAACUGCAUAUUAAUUGAUAUAAAUUCAUAAUGACACAACGUGUGUGAAGACAGUUGAUAAUAAGUAUUAGAAACCCUUAUUUUUACAUAAUGAUUUUUUCUGCUCUUUUCCUUUUACCAGGUCAUUUAAAUUGCAUAAUGCUCUCAGAGUAGCUAGUUGGUAGGGCAAAUUCUGGGGGCCAUUAAAGUGAUGGUAUAUUUUUUGCUUUUGUAUUUUAAAAAACCGUAGUUGGGGCACCGGGGUGGCUCAGUCGGUAAGCAUCCAACUCUUUGGCUCGGGUCAUGACCUCAUGGUUCCUGAAUUUGAGCUCCACUCUAACAAUGUCUCCCUGUGUCUCUGCCCCUCCUACACUUUAACUCUCUCUCAAAAUAAAUUUAAAAACUUAAAAAACAUGUGGUAAAAUACACAUAAAAUUGACCAUCUUAACUAUUUAAAAACAUUUUUUUUAAGUUUUAUUUUUUGAAAGAGAGUGUGUAGAGGGAGGGAGAGAAAGGAUCUUAAGCAGGCCACCAUGCCCACCAGGGAGCCUGAUGGUGGAGCUUGAUCUUGUGAUUGUGAGAUCAUGACCUGAGCUAAAAUCAAGGGUCAAGGAUGUUUAACCCACUGAGCCAUCCAGGUGCCAUGACUAUCUUAACCAUUUUUAAGUGUAUGCUUCAGUAGUGUUAAAUACAUUCUCGUUGUUGUGCAGCGUAUCUCCAGAAUUCUUUCAUCUUGCAAACUGAAACUCAUACCCAUUACGCAGCUCUUCAUUCCCUACUGUCCCCAGCCCUGACAACCACCAUUCUUUCUGUCUCUGAAUUUGACUAGGUACCUAGUAUAAGUAGAAUCAUGCACUUUUUGUGAUUGGCUUACUUCACUCAGCAUAAUGUACUCUAGGUUUAUUGGUGUUGUAACGUGUGCCAGAACUUUCUUCCCUUUUAAGGCUGAAAUACUCCAUGGUAUGUAUAUACCACAUUUUGUUUUCCCAUGUGUCUUUUGGAUACUUGGGUUGGUUCCACUUUAUUGCUGUUGUGAAUAAUGCUGCUAUGAACAUGGGGUCUUAGCAUGUAUCUAUUUUGAGUCCUUACUUUCAGGUCUUUUGGGUUUAUACCCAGAAAUGGUAUUGCUGGAUCAUAUGACAAUUCUAUUUUCAAAGUUUUUGAGAAACUGAUGUACCAUAGCAUACCAUUCAUAACAAUUGCACCAUUUUAUGUUACUACCAAAAAUGCACAGCGUUCUUAUUUCCUCACAUCCUUGACAGCACUUUUUAUUUGGGUUUUUGUUGAUAGUAGCCAUCCUAAUUGAUUGGCUAUUUGUUUAUCAUCUUGGAGAAAUGUCUGUUCAAGUCCUUUGUCUAUUUUUUAAAUGGGCUGUUUGUUUCAUCGUUGUUAUAAAGGGAUGAUAGAUAGGUAGGUAGAUAGAUAUAGUCUAAAGUUGAUACUUGUUAUUAAAAAGAGUUUGGAGAUAAUUUAAUGCACCAGUGCUGGAAAUUAUUCUAGAACAUUUCCCAAAACACAUUCUCUACUUGAAUGUUUCUGAUGUAAAGGGAACACACUGUUUUGAGAGCAGUCUUUUUCAUUUUCUGGAAAACUGCUAGAACAUAUAUACUUUUUUAUCUUAACAUUUUCACAAAUGUAUUUGCUCAAAUAUAUAUAUAUAUUUGUGUGUGUGUGUGUGUGUGUGUGUGUGUGUGUGUGUGUGUGUACAUACACAUUUAUGCAUUGGGGAAAAUGGAAAAUACCAAAAAUCCAGAAUGGAAGAUAAAAACCAAAAUCUGCUCUUGAUAUUGAAAAUGCAUAAUUUGAAAUAAUAGCCCCUUACUCUCUUCCCUUCCUUUUUAUAGACCCAGUUUUGUUUAUAGGAUCUUAGAUCCUUUUAUUGGUGUGUAAAGAAUCCUAUUUUUUUUGUGUUAUUGCUAUUCAUGUAUUAUUUGUCAUGAAAAAAUUUACGUGAAUAGCUAUUUCUGUCAACUAUGUCAAAAUAAAGGACAGGAUAUAGCAGUCAUGAAAAGUAACAAAAAGUCCUUGCAUGUCUGAGAACAGCUUCCUUUUUUGCUCACCCAUCACUGACUGCUUCACUGAAUGUAGAAUUCUUGGAUCAUGUCUUUUCUUUUUUUCUUUUGGCCUAGUUAAUGUAUUUUUGCUUUCUCUUGCACAUUUAACACUUUGCCUACACAUACAUAGGAUAUUGGUCUUUUAAUUUUGCCUGAUGUUUAAGGGGUGCCUGGAUGGCUCAGUCGGUUGGGUGUCCUGCUUUGGCUCAGGUCAUGAUCUCACAGUUCACGAGUUGGAGCCCCACAUCAGGCUUUUGCUUCGGAUUCUGUCUCCCUCUCUCUCUGCCUCCCCUCUUCAAAAAUAAAUCAACAUUUAAAAAAGUAA